AUGCCGCAGGCUCAUGCAGAGGCGCACGGUCAGGCCGACCUGCAGGAAGAGCUCGUCCUGGAGAAAUAUCGUUGUAUCAUCAACCGCCUCAGGCUAGACAUCCUCUUCUUCAUGCACUCCCUGGACGAGUUCACAACGUUGGGCCCCGAGACGGAGGAGAGCUGGGAGGCUCUCGUUGCCAUGGCAGAGGCCCAGCUGGAGGUGUUUGCGAGCCAUGCGCUGAAGCAGCGCCUUCCCAGUGUGUCCGACAUCGUGGGGUUGCUGAACUGCCGUGAUGCCUUGGUGUCGGAGCUGAUCGAUUCAAUCCUCUAUCAGCAAGCCGUGCUCCAUGCUGAACUUGGCCGGGAGCCGGCGGCUAGUGAUGGCCGCAUGGCACAGCUCUCCGAGCUCGUGCGGGCGCAGUCUAGGAAGAUGGACAAACCGCCAGAGCUCUACACGCUUGCUCGACUGCCGGCUGCAGAGGAAGACGGGCCGUACGCGUACGUCAAGAGUGCACAUGCAAUGGGCAACGAUGUCAUCUCGCAGCCGUCGUAUCUCCCCACGCGUUUCCGCGCAAUGUUCGCAGAGAUGCACGCAAUGGAGAAGCAGCUGAGAAGAAUGAAGUUCGGGCAGACGAUUCAGUGGAGGAACGGCAAGCUCGUGAAGAGUGAGGAUAUUCGACAGGAGAUCACCGAGCUCUUUGAUAAGUUCUCGAAACUCGACCACGAGCUUCAGCAGAGCAAAGCCUCACGUCACACUCCUUGGGAUCAGCGCCUCGAGCAGCUUACGGCCAAGAUCGCUGACAAGGAUUUAGUCUCGCAGACGCUUCUGAACCAGAAGACGAAGCUUGAGCACGCGCUGCAGGACGUCCGGGGCGAGACUCACAACGUACAGAAGGAGCUCAGUGACUUGAAGGAGCGGAAUCAGAAGGUCACAAACGAGAAUCUGCCUCGACUGGAGAAGAUCAAGGUGCUGCUGCAGGAGACCUGGGCUUCGGUGGAUAGCCUUUGCGCGGACGCAGCGAUGCUGUCGUCAAUGUUCCGCCAGCAGGUGGAGGAGCACCGCGCGGCAGUUUCUGCGAAAGACACGGUUUCUGCGGAGCUGAACAAGGUCCAGAAGUCGUUGAAGCGGCAUCGCGACGAGAUCAUGUUCAAGGAUGACGAACUGCAGAAGAAAGAGACGCUAUAUCAGCGAACUGUUGAUGCUCGGAGAGAUAUCCACGAGAGCUAUCUUGCGCAGAAGGAUGCGAUCAAG